CUUCAUGAUUCCAACUCUCGUCAGUCUCGCACACUACAGAGAAAAAGAGUCAUUUACAGGGAAAAAACUCUGAAAUCAAGCCCCAAUAUUUCAUAAAAUCAGUCCCCAAAAUUUUCUAACUGGAAACGAAGCGUUAAGGAAAUAGAUUAAUUAAGUUUUUUUUUUUGUUCUCUGGGAGUGAAAGAUGGAACAUUUAGAUGUAUCAAUUCUUAAUACAGCACCGGACAUCAGAGAUUGUUUAGGGAUGAGUGAUGCUGUAGGCGACGUGAAUACUGUUCAACAGUCUGCCCCAACUUUCAAUUUCAAAGAUCAUGUUGAUGGAAUAGUUUCUCAAGUUGAUGAGAUUGAGGAAAAAUUGAAUGGGGUGACACAAUUUUACUCGUCUUUAACUAAAAAGCAACCAAACAAUGGUAAAGGGGGUUCGGCUGGAAAGGAAAGAGAAAGGGAAAAACAAUUUCUUAGUUUUAAAAGACAGCAACAAGAAGCGGCUAAGAGGGAAUCCUCUAGUGCCAAGAGAAUGCAAGAGCUUAUGCGACAGUUUUCCACUAUUUUAAGACAGUUAGCUCAGCAUAAGUGGGCAUGGCCUUUUAUGCAGCCUGUAGAUGUUAAGGGGCUCGAGUUACAUGAUUAUUAUGAGGUGAUUGACAAACCAAUGGAUUUCAGUACAAUAAGGAAUAAUAUGGAGUUAAAAGAUGGUACUGGGUAUAAGAAUGUUCGAGAAAUAUGUGCUGAUGUGAGGUUGGUAUUUAAGAAUGCAAUGACAUACAACGAGGAGAAAAGUGAUGUUCAUGUUAUGGCCAAAACCUUGUUAGCGAAAUUUGAAGAGAAGUGGUUGCAGCUUCUACCUAAAGUUGUUGAAGAGGAAACAAAAAGAAAAGAGGAGGAGGCAGAGGCCCAUCGUGACAUGCAACUUGUUCAAGAGGCUGCUAAUGCAAAACUGGCUAGAGAUAUUAGUAAUGAGUUGUAUGAAGUUGAUAUGCAUUUGGAUGAACUAAGAGAAAUGGUGGUACAGAAAUGCAGGAAAAUGUCUGCAGAGGAGAAGAAAAAGCUCGGGACAGGACUUAGUCAAUUGUCGCCUGAAGAUUUGGACAAGGCACUGGAUAUUAUUGCUCAAAAGAAUCCAAAUUUCGAAGCCACUGCUGCUGAAGUGGAUAUUGACAUGGAUGCCCAGCCUGAAUCUACCUUAUGGAGGUUGAAGAUACUUGUAAAGGAGGGACUUGAAGUUAAAGCCAAGAGUUCUGCGACGAAGGCUGCCAAUGACAACUCAAAAAGAAAGAGAGAAAUUUGUGAUGCCCUUGCUAAAACUGCUAAGAAAAGGAGUAAAAAAACGUCUUCCAAUGUUGACCCAUUGUCCUAAAGAUACAGCAUGUAGACACUAUGUAUAUCAAUUAACGAAUUCGCCGUUAUCUUUUAUAUAUAUAUCUUGUUUUCUCAUUCUGCUCUUUGUGUUUUUGCCUGUUGAUUUUGUACGUGCGGAUGUAUGAUUCAGGGAACUAAUACAUGGACCCAAAGUCAGCCUUAUAGACUUGGCCAGUUGGGCCAUUGUCCAGAGCCUCAAAUUGUUGGGGCUUAAAAGUUUUAAUUUUCUUUGGUAUGUUUGAUUGUGAAACCUGUUUUCAGGCAUAUUUUUUUUUUCUUUUUAGGCAUACUAUAUGAUGAUACCA